UUCGAUUCGACUUUCAGUGCUGUGUGAACCAUAAAACGGUGUUAGACGUGUUCGGAACACCUUUAAAAAAGAAAACAGAAAGGGAACCGCAUCCCAGAUCCCCCCAGAGUGACAAAUGGAUAUUAUUUUUGCAGUGACAAGAACUCAAGUGCUCGAUAAACAGUAUUGCAGAUCCGAAGAGCUGCUAUCAAGAACCAAAGGAAUUCAAAGUAUUUAACAAACACAACAACAACAAAACCAAUAGUACCGCUAAUCGUAUCGUGCGUGUGUGCUGCAGAGAAUCAACAAAUCGCACAGAAAUCGCACAGAUAUCGUACUACCGUCGUCGUUACCGCAGACACUGUCAGCGGAAACAUAAUCAAUCGCACAAUUGAUACAACACUCAGAAACAUGAAAUUAAGACCUCUCCGAUGGUUGCGCCAGCCGUCGGCUAAGCAAUCAACCGCCCAGAAGGAGGAGCUCCAAGUGGUGCGCAAUCACAUGAUCAAGGACAUGCAGAAGCGAUUCAGUGACUCCCCCGUGAAGAUACUGCUGCUGGGUACUGCCGAGUCCGGCAAGACCACCAUCUUCAAACAGAUGAGAAUAUUGCAUAUCAAUGGCUUUACGGAUGAUGAGCGUCGCGAUCGUAUCCCUGAAAUCUAUCAGAACAUCCACGACUCGAUCCACCAGCUAGUGCUGCAGAUGGGCCUCCUGGGCCUGGACUUUGGCAGCUGCACCAGCGAACGCAGUGCCGACUAUAUCCUGUCGCUGCCCGGAGGUGCUCCGGAGUACAUGAAUGAGGAGUACUGUGACCACGUCAUGACUCUGUGGAACGAUGUCGGUAUCCGUGCCUGCUACGAUCGCUCGAAUGAAUUCCCCCUGCUGGACAGUGCCAAAUACUUUCUCGACAACUUUGUGAGGAUCAGCGAUUGCGAGUAUAUACCCAGCACUGAGGACAUCUUACACAGUCGGAAGAUCACCACUGGCAUCUCGCAAAUCACCUUCCGGGUGCCCGUGCCCAAGAGCUUGGGCGGGGGCGAGCAGGAGUUCCGCAUGUACGAUGUGGGGGGACAGAGAGAUCAGCGCAACAAAUGGAUCCAGGUGUUCGAGGGCAUACAGGCAGUGCUGUUUCUUGUCUCGUGCAGCGAAUUCGAUCAGAAUCUGCGCGAGGAUCCCAACCAGAACCGCCUGGAGGAGGCCCUCAAGCUGUUCCGGCGCGUCUGGCAGAACCGUUUCCUCGCCUCCGCCGGCCUGAUUGUGUUUAUCAAUAAGUACGACAUCAUGGAGCGGAAGAUCAGGGCUGGAAAGCACAUCGUCGACUAUUUCCCAGAGUACGAGGAGUUCUGCAAGCGGCCGCAGCAGGAUAAUUGCUUUGAUGAGUGCGACUGGACGAAGAUGUUCAUUAAGCAGAAGCUCGUGGAUAUCACCCAGGAGCCCUUCAAGCGUCAUUCGCGCAACAACAGCGAUCUGAUCACCUCCGAGCGGGAGUGCUACUACCACUUCACCGUGGCCACUGACACACGCUGCAUCCGCGAGGUAUUCAGCGAUGUCCAGAAGAUGAUCCUCUCCGAGAAUAUGGCCGGAUUGGGUCUAUUCUAGAGCGGAACUCUCUCUACCGCACUCUCUCUCUCUCAGAAAGGGGGUGGUGCUCCCUGUACCAACUGUGAUCUUGCUUAAGUAGGAAUUUAGAACCUUAGAUCAUACGAGUAUGACUUGUAGUCAUUAUACGUUAAUUGUAUAGUGUGCAUAUAGCAGAGACAGCUUUAAUAUGAUUAUUUUAAAGGAGUAUAGUAUUCCUAAGUAAACCCUAUAAAACACA